GGAGGGAGGGGCCUCUUUUUACCUGACAAACCGUUGUUAGCAUUUAAAAGACAUUUUAAAAGGCUUUUUCUGGGACAGUUUGUGUUGACAAACUAUACUAAGACACUUAGACAGUUUUUGUUGACAUACUCUCGUGAGAACAGGCUCCGUCAGGCAAAACUAUCAGACCUGACUGAGGGGAGCGUUUGUGUGUAUACAGCAGCAGAGCGGGGGGGGCAGGGCAUAGCCUGGAAGUGUUUCCUCAUCCCAUCACUCUGCUUCACUUCUGAAACGUUCUGUGGACGCGUCUUUGUGUCAAACGUCGUCUCACUUCUCUGAGUGGAAAACUGAAGUUUGUAAACCACUCACUCUCCCACACCAAAGUCCAUUGAGAAAAUCAGUGAUUUUAACUGCUGCCUCGUGUGGUCAGUUUGUGUCACUGAGGUAAAUCUGAACAGCCGAACUCACAAAAUGUGACAGUUGAACUUCGUGAUGGAGGCAGCGGCGGAGCAACAACUCUUGUGUGCUGUGACGUCUCUGUGGGCUUUGGUGUGGGAGAGUGAACAAAGCGACGCAGACUUCCGUUUCAAGUCAGAAAAGACUGUCAGAGUUUGAAAUCAUUUGCAGCAGGUGGUGUCCUGACCUUGCUGUGGACAAACGCACUCAGGCGUCCUCUUUGUGUUUGGACAAUUGCAGGUUUUGUGGGCCCUGAGUUUGGACACACUCUGUGUUUACAUGGAGGCAAAUGUGUGCCGCACGUGUCCCCAGUGUCACAUUGCGUGUUUGUCCCGUAUUUACUACAUCGUAAAAACACCAGUUUUUUCCCCCUCCUCCCGAGCUGUGAAAGAGGAGCUCGUGCUGGGACAGGCCAAGGGUCAGAGCAGCUUCACCUUGUCCCUCUUCACUGACGACCACACGGGAAUGUCCCCGUCUUGGUUUUCUGUGGGACAUCAUGUUUUAUUGCGCAGCGGGGGCACCAUUUCUUUUCUGUCCCAGUUUGGCAGCGAGUGCAGCAAGAGGCUGCCAAUGUUUGCCUUUCCCUGUGGUGGAAGGGAGGGAGGCAGAGUGGGAGGAAGGGGGCGGGUCGUCGCCGUUUAAACCAAGCAGCAGGAGCCCAAAGUUUCAGAAAAGCAUUACAGCACCAGAGGACAUCACAACGACAAGAAGAACAGAAGAAGAAGAAGAAGAGGAAGAAGAAGAAAAAGAAGACGAAGAAGAUCCUUGUUCAGGUGCAGAAACAGCAGCAGAUCUGAGCCACAGGAGGAGGAGCGGCUGUGAGAUGUGGGACGAAAUCCGGGUCACGCGGCUCAGAGUGGACAGUUGCAUGAUGGGAGUCGAUGAUAGCAGCCGUGGUUCCCGGAGAGAUGCUGAUGCCUCCAAACCUGACGUCGUUCACUCUGAAGAAAAGACAGGAAGCUUCAAUCUGAGCGAACACUGCACCUCCUCAGAAACAGAGACCUCACAGGAGGAGAACUCACUCCGCCUUGAAUCGGCGUCUCUUGGCGACAGCGGCGUGGGUGCUGAUGAUGACGAUGAUGAUGGAGGAGGAGGAGGGAGGAGCGACAGGGCAGCGAGCUGUGAGGACGAUGGAGAGGGACACCUGGUCUACCACGUUGGCCUCGUGAUGAAAGACAGAUGUAUUCAACACUUGCUUGACCUUGACCGUAACCAGGUGGUUUCUCCACUGGGAGCUGGAGCCUUUGGAAAAGUAGUGAAGUGCAUCGACAGAGAAACAGGCGAGUGUGUCGCUGUGAAGAUUGUGAGGAACAUCGAUUGUUUCCGCGAAGUCGCGAGGUCCGAGAUCGCAGUGUUGGAGGAGAUCAACGCGCUGGAUGACGACAACAGAUUCGCUUGCGUGCGGAUGCUGGACCGCUUCGACCACGAGGGUCACGUCUGCAUCGUGUUCGAGCUGCUCGGCCUCAGCACCUUCGAGUUCCUGCGACAGAAGCGCUUCAGGCCAUACACCGUGGAGCAGAUCCGUCACAUGGCCUUCCAGAUCUUCAGAGCCAUCUGCUUCCUGCAUCGUAACAAGCUGACACACACAGACUUAAAGCCAGAGAACAUCCUGUUUGUGAACGACCAGAAGGAGAUACAGCUGAGGAGUCCGGAUGUGAAGGUGGUAGAUUUUGGCACGGCCACGUUUGACCAUGAACAUCAUGAAUCUGUGGUGUCGACACGACACUACCGAGCUCCAGAGGUCAUACUGGAUCUCGGCUGGAACCAGUCAUGUGACGUUUGGAGUCUGGGCUGCGUUCUCAUGGAGUUUUACUUGGGACGCACACUCUUCCCGACCCACAACAGUGAAGAACAUCUGGCCAUGAUGGAGAAAGUCCUCGGACCAAUUCCGUCCCACCUGCUGAAACAGACCAGAAAGCAGCAUUACGUGCACAAUGAGCGCCUGAACUGGGACGACAGCAGCUCGUCCGACGACUACAUCGGGAAACACUGCAAACCACUGACGCAGUGCAUGCAGAGGAAGAGCGAAGAGGAGCGGCAGCUGUUGGACCUGGUCGCCUGCAUGUUGGAGUACGACGUGUGCCGACGCAUCACCCUGGAGGAGGCGCUGUGGCACCCGUUCUUCAGCCCAGUGCGCGCGCAGAAGCAGAGGAAGCUCAGUUAAUGAGCGACUGCGACUGACGGAUGUGUUCCUCCCUCCUCAAAACAACAAACGCUGUGUUUCCAUGAUGGUACGGACCAGUUUGGAAUGGUAAGUCCUGAGUCAGGCUUGUGUUUCGACAGAUGGGGCGCGGGCUGCGCCGUGUGACGGCGUACUGGGACAACGAACGAUGACAAUGGAGGAGGGGCAUCCAGCAGUUGUUGGUCUCGACAAGACUGAACCAAACCGAACCCGUCCACUUGUUCCAAACACGGACAAAGAAUCAAACAAAUGAAUCGCUACCGACAAAAACAUGUCCCAGAAGUCUGCUGCUUCAGCAAGCACAGAUUUUCGUUGGCGAGUGGUUGGUCCUUCUUUUCCUGGGUCAGAGGAGCCUCAUGGGUCGGGAACCUCGUCCGCUGAAGGAGGCAGCUCCCAAAGUGACACACAGCCGGAUCUACUUGUGUAUAUCUCGCAUCUACCUCAGAGUGUUGUUGUUUAUUGUUGUGAAUAUUUUUUCGGUGACAUUUACAGUCACACUGUCAGUUGUGGAGAGCAUUCCUGUUUAUAUUUUAAACUGCACGUCGCUGAGUGAUGUCAUGUUCUGGCGUCUUCUUGUUGUGUUGGCAGUUUCUUAACAAAUGUUUUUGCAUUUUGGGGAAUCCUACUUCUCAUUUGCAACCCAAAUACUGUGACUGGAUUAUUACAUUCAGCCAUUAUUUCUAAUAACUUUGCUUAAGUACCCUCAAGUUUAAGUGACAAAUGUGUAAAUUGGAUGUAAAACCCUCAAAAAAACAGCAUAGAUCGCGUACUAGAGGAGGAGCGAGGCAUAGGAUAAACAUCUUAUCAUCUAGGUCACAGUUGGGGCCAAUGAGCAUCUCAAAAGCAGGUGGGCAAUCUUAAUCUUAACAGAUUAUAACACAAUUAUUCAAUCAUAAUAUCGCAAUAAAGAUAUCAAACAGAAUUCCAAAGAUAUGGAAUGAUGUUAACUUUGCAAUAAAAACAAAUGUGUGAUACAAAAAUCCAUCUAUUAUAGAAUACAGUAAAUAAAUAACAACGUUGACGACUGUAA